GAGGAAAUAGAAACCGAACAUGGCGAAUCGGAUGGUACCAUAACAGUUCAUAGAACUUCAGUUCCAGUUUCGAGUAAUCCCGAAGUAUUAACAACUUCAUCGAUCGCAUAUUUUCACGUACCAUGGAAUUUUGUGCGAUCGUGCUCUAACACAAUGGUGUAUACUCUGAUUGGUGGCAGUUCGUUUGUGACUUUGUGGUUUGGAAUGAAAUCUCCGAGCGAAAUAACGAUUUUUCAGUGGCAUAUUGUGCUUUGCGUGAUAGGGUACCAACUUCUUAUGCCGUAUGCGUUGAUCUGUCUCCAAAGUGACAGCUGGGCGUCAGCGCUGUCGUACACGCACCGUCGCCGCGCCCAUGGGAUAAUGCAACUGCUAGGGUCAAUAUUGGCCUUCGUCGGUUCAGUCAUUAUGUCGUCCCAUAAGACUAUUAACUUCAACACGCUACAUGGAAAGUUCGCUUUGGCGGCCCUCCUCUUCACCAUCGUGAGCUUCGCCAAUGGAGUCUCCUCACUUUAUGCGAGGCAACUACGCCGCUACAUACCUCCAAGAGUUUCCAUGCUCUCGCACACACUAAUUGGCACUUUAGCUUUCUUACUAUCUUCAGUUUGUCUUAUUUACGGAUAUCUGAAACACUCCUUCACAGAUUGGGCAUCGCGGGAAUUUGCUUACGUUCUCAUAACUAUAACUUGUAGUUAUACUUUUUUUAUAUGUUUUUCACCGAUAUAUAUGCUCUCUAGAAUUUUAUUUGAAGCGAUUAAGAACAAGAUAUUUUAGUAAGUAAAUC